AUGCCAGUCGACGACCUCGAGAAAGGAACUCACACCACCGAUGAGUGUCCAGAGAGUGUCAGCAACUGGAGUUGCUUGCGUCGCUUCGUCAGUAUAAGUCGCCAUCUCCAGCAUCAGAAACAUGAUAGAAAGGUCCCGGAGGAGGAAAACACCGACGUUCGCGCCCUCGAGUGUGCCGUCGGAGGAUGGCCGAGAAUAGCGACCGUCGUCGACAGCGAUCCCAACUUUAUGAUCUAUCGCCGGUUCGGAUUCUUGAGAACACGGCUGCUGCUGUGGCAUCAAGACAUCCUCCGAGAAAUGGAGUCCCGGCUCGAUUACCAGGACAUGCAGGACGCCGGGUCAGCGAAGACACGACGAUACCUGUCGAACCGGGACGGCGACGACAUGCGAUCCCCAGCCGUGCGUCGAGUCUUGUUCCAGGAGCUCGACGCACAACUGAAGGCUUACGACGAUCUUUUGGUGCGUUCCGCAACACUGUAUCAGUGGCAGAGACCUUGCGACGAAGAUCGCGAGAGCAUCGUCAGUCUGAUCCACAACGACGGGAGCCUCGCGCACCGGGACCGGAGCUGGAUCAGGAAGAUUGACGACUUGAUCGUGCUUGGUGGAGAACCAAACUCUUCCUGGGUCCAUGGCCUGGUCAGCCACCUCUUUACAUGGACCAGCAAGUCCUUGGUCCGAUGCUUGUUGCGCAACAAAGUCCAGAACCGGAAACUCGAAGGUUCGACGAUCCACGUCCAACUGUUUGAGAGACAGCGAUUCAACCGGGUCGUCGGGUUCCUGUACACCAUCGCCAUCGCAGCCUUGAUCAUGGGCCCAGUCCUGGUCCUCUAUAGGUUGAGACACCUCGACGGGUACGCGCAGAACUCGUUGGCGUUUGCCUUUACCAUCGCGUUCGCAUUGCUCUGCUCCACGGCGACGGCUGCAAAGCAGCACGAGAUCUUUGCGGUGACUGCGGCUUAUUGCGCCGUCCUUGUAGUCUUUACCUCUCAGAACACAAAUGGUGAAGCACAGACUCUGCCCACGACGGUUCCACAGUCAUCUUCAUGA